AGCGCGGCGGCGGCGACGACGACGUCGAUAACCCAGAGCACGUCAUUAUUCGUUUCCCGUAUCCGGGGAAAAUCCAUGAACCCGAAGAGAGCCCGGCCCAGCUAGGGCCGUUCAUCAUAAUGGAUCUCAUGGAAGGAGAGAACCUAGGCCGGUUCCUAGCGCCGCCGACCGAAGACGAGUCCAAACCGGUAGUCCUGGACCCAGACACGGACGACGCGAAACUCGACCUCAUCUACGAGCAGAUCGCUGGCUUUAUCUUGGAGCUCUCGCGGCUCCAGUUCCCGCGCAUAGGAGCCAUAUCCAAGGAUGCCGCGUCUGGCGAUUGGGCUGUCACCGGACGACCCCUAACGUUCGAUAUGAACGAGGUCGUCACCGUCGGUGGCUGCCCCGCGGAGCACUUCACCGCCAUGUCGCCCUUUGAUCGCGCCACCGCUUACUUCGCUGCGUGCGCACAGUACUUCCAGGCACAUCUCGACGCGCAGCGCAACAUUGCCGGCGACGACGAAGAUAUUGCCUGGAGCCAGUUCGUUGCGCGCCGCUGCUUUGCCAAGUUAAUCCCCGCCUACGCCACCGUAGUAGACGACGACGGGCCUUUCCGGCUCUUCUGUGACGACCUACGCCCCACGAACAUGCUUAUCGACCCGAAAACGCUGCGCAUCACCGCCCUCUUCGACUUUGAAUUCACAAAUGUCAUGCCGGCGCAAUUUACACACGACGUGCCGUGGUGGCUGCUCCUCCAACCGCCGGCUGUCUGGCUGAGAGACGACGAGAUGGAGACUUUCCUCCGUCUCUUCGAACCGAGGAAGGAUCAGUUUAUUCGCGCCAUGGAACGUGUCGAGUCCAAGCUAGCAGUACCAACCGGAAAACAGCGCCUCUCGGCUCGGAUGCGGGACUCAUGGGACACCCGGCGAUUUUGGUUCAAUCUCGCAGCGCGAUGCAGCUUUGAUGUAGACGACUUUUACUGGCAGGCUCUGCACAAGGAAGGACUGGGAGAGGCGAUGCUAGACUGUGCAACGCUAGCCGAGAAGGACAAUUUCGUAAGACGUAAGAUGCGGCAGGUCCAAGAGUAUUGCAAAGUGAAAGAAGGUGACGAGCGAUUUGCUGAGCAGUAGGAAGCCCAUCCGGAACCAAGAGGUACUGUAUCACAAAUACAAAACACCAAGGUCAUUACUG